AUGGACUCAACAUUCAUUAAGGGGGCGAGGGGGAAAAUCGACACAGAAAUGCCUGUGAUUUCCAACCACACAUCGUGGCAUUUUUAUUGCCUGCAGUGGAGAAGCAGUGAUGGUUUAGUCCAGACUUAUCAAGAUGGAAAAAAACUGGGAACGAAUCACAAAGCGACAGGUUCCACAAUACCUUCCAAAGGCAUCGUGGUUCUCGGCCAGGAAUUGGAUUCUUAUGGCGGAGGUUUUCAGAGCGCACAGGCAUUUCAAGGAAGCCUCGCAGGGUUAAAUCUCUGGAGCCAAUUUUUGACAGCAAAUAUUAUACAAGGAAUUGCAUCCGGGGUCCUGAAUGUUAACGGAAAUCUUCUCCAAUGGAGAAAUUUCAGAAAUCAUACAUUUGGUAUCGUUACUGUACGACAUGGAUCCGAAGCAGAGAUUCCAGAAUAUCGAGUACAGAGUCUUCGAGAUCAGUGGUGUGCGAAAAACAUCACUGAAGUUUUCACUUAUGCAAGAUUUGUUAUCGGUGCGGACACAGAUGGCUACAGGUGGCGAUGUGUUGCACCUGCGGCCAUGUUGGAUGAAAAUAUGUGUUACAAUAUCACUAAGAGUUCAUCUUUGUACUAUCCCAUGGACACGAACGAAGACAUUUUCGGAAAUAAUUGAAA